ACUUCGGGUAAAGAUAGGAAAAUCAAGAGGAAGUCGAAAGAAGGAAAAAGCAAAUGGCCGAUAUGGCCCAAUUUUCGAUGGUCGCAGUUUUUGCUGCAUUUAUAUUCCUCACAUGGAGAGAUCUCUCACCGACUGAACAAGCUGACGUUCAUAAAGAUAUUAAAGCUCCAAAAUUAGCCUUAGCAACUCCCACAAUCAGGUUUCUUUUUUGUUACUCCUGAGGGUACAAGAAAGUUUUUGAGCAAUACGCCCAUGCUUUGCAUGAGCGGUUCCCAGAACUGAGCAUCGAGGGAGAUAAUUAUCCUCCACCUCCGACUCGUUCUGCUAUUGCUCAAUUUCUCAGCAUAUUUAAAUUAGUUGUGAUAGUAAUGAUUGUUAGUGGGCAGAAUCCUUUUACACUUCUCAAUAUGGAUACGCCUAGCGUGUUUACCUGGGCGCAAGAAAAUAAGAUUUAUGCUUGUUUAAUGAUAUUUUUCAUCAGUAAUGCCAUUGAAGGACAGAUGAUAUCAACAGGUGCCUUUGAAGUCUCUUUAAACGAUGUUCCAGUUUGGUCAAAGUUAGAAACAGGAAGAAUACCACAACCAGGAGAAAUAUUUCAAAUUAUAGAAAAUCAAAUGAAAUUUAAAUCAGAUGGUGUCAAAUAACAUUACUGGUAUUUGCAAUCAUAGUUCUAUGGUUUAUGAAUAACCAAACAAAGUUUGUCUUGGAGAAGGAACCAACUGCAGAACAUCACAAAUCUGACUAAUGAAGGUUGGUACUGAAAGCAACCAUGUUGCUGGUACCUAACUGGAUCAACCAAUCAGAAGCUGUGUUGUUUUACAGUUAGCCAAUCAAUGAUGAUGUUUUAUUUGUUUAUUUAUAAACUGAUUGUCCAUAUUUGUAUAUUUAUGUAAAUAUGAUUUUUGAUUAUUCUGUGAUGAGAUCCUUUACAUCAAAGCUUUACAAUAUUCCAUCAUUCUUUUACUUGUUUAUCUGUAAUAUAUGAUCAUAUUUUUGUUCCUUAUUUCAUUUGUUUUUAAAUCAAUUUAUGUCUGAAAGUUUAAAAACUACAGAUGGCAUACAAGUUAUGAAAAACUUGUUUAUACCAUAAAUUCAAACUUAAAUUCAAUCUAUUUAUCAACAAAAAAAAGUUCAUUGGGUAAAAGACCAGUUGUUAUUUACAUGUUUAUCAAUUAGAUAUCAAAAAAGCAAGAAGACAUUUCAACAAAUCAUUCUGUCUUUAUAUUGCCAAAUUUUGAUGCUAUAGAGUAACUCAAAGCUUAAUUUUUAAUAAAUAUAUGUUGAUUCUAUUAAAAGUAGUGUUGUAUUGUACAGUUCACCUCAGUUAUUGCUUUGUCUUAAAAUUUCAAUUAUUAUAACAGCUUCGUCCAACAAUAAAACCUGGCUAAAUGUGCUGAAAAAUAUGAAAGAAAAAAAAUUUAAAAAGAAAUUUUUACAUUAAAAUUCCUUACUACUGAUUUAAAAUAAAUUAAUACUUAUUCACUGAAGAUAGUAAAUAAAGGAAUGUCUGCAUUGUUUACAUUUUGUUUUGUCUUGAUAUGAUGUAAAUGGGUCUUUUAUUGAAAUGAUGAUGUUAUCUAAUUUGCUGAGAAGUUGUAUUGUUGUGUAUGCAUUAUGUUCAAAUGGUAUAUGCAUUUAAUUUAAUCAUAGCAUGUAAAUAUGUGUUUCUUAACUAGUCAAGUUAUUGUGUCAAUCAUGAAAACUUGAUUGUUUUACUUUACCAUUCCAUAGACAAAGGAUGUACCUUGAUUUCAGAAAUAAGUUGCCAAUGAUUUUAUAUCAAUUUUUAUAUAUUCUUGAUAAUUUUAAUGUUAAAUGAGAAAUAAGUAUUCAUAGUGUUUGAUGUUGAUCAUCUAUUUAGAAUACAUGUCAGUAAGAUAUAUGAACAAAUUCGGCUAUAGAUUGAUUUGUGAAUAAAUAUAAGAUUUUCAGCAGAGAGGUUAUAAUAUAUUACAUCAUUGUACCUCCAGCAUCCUUAAUAUUAGAGUUAUUUUUGUGAGGGAUAAUCAGAGACAAAUAUAUAAGACGGGAAGAUGUUUGCAUCUAGUUUUUAUUGUGAAUAUAUGUGACAAUCUGAUCCAUAAGAGAAAGAAUCAUAUAUCAUAAUGUAUCGGAUAUAUUUUUGAUUUUAGAUCAUUUUAUAUACAUUAGUUUUUGAAACAGCAAAUUAUGAUGUAAAUAAUUAAAAGAGAAUAUUAUAAUAUUAAUUUCUGUCUUGUUACCUCCCUUUCUUACAUAUCCUUGUCAUGGCACUUUAUUAAAAAAAUCUUUCUUUUAGUGCUCAUUUAGGUUGAACUGCAUAGCAUAGGUUUUGAGCCAAACAAAUAAAUCCUGUGCUUUUAUAAAUUAUAAAAGUAUGAGGAAUCGUAUGUUAGUAUAAUUGGGUAUGUAAAUGUGAUAUAAUUAUAACUAGAUUGUAUUGUAAUCAGGCUCAAUGUUCAUUUACAGUAAAUAAUUGUUGUAAGAAAAUAAAUGAAUAUACUUUU